AUGACGACGCUGGCGGUGCGGCGCCGUGCGGUGUGCGCCCUGGCGCUCCUCGCGCUGCUCUGCUCCUCCGUCUGCGGGGCGACUGCGGAGGGGGCUGCGGCCAAUGUGAAAGUGCCGGUGGAGGUGUCGUGCCCGAACGGUGCAAAGAAGUUAAGUUGGCGGUUUGUUGGUGCAACGAGUUGGACACCGUGCACAGCCUCGCUGGAAUCCCCCCGCACUGCGGCUGUUCCUGCGGCUGAGGUGGCUGCAGAUGACAGUGACGUCGUCUGCCUCAUUGCCGAAUCGAAUUUCAUCUUGACCGGGUGCGACUCGCGCUGCGCGGGACGCACGACGCAGGGCGAUGUUGCUGCGCUUACGAUGCUUUUCGAGACGAAGGAAGGCGGUACACUCCACACGAAGUGGAAGGCUGCAAACCCCUCCACUGGCGCCGCGACCCUUCCUACUGUGGAGGGUCUCCAAAAUGGUGCUCAGGGCGUUUGCACGCUGCAACCCGCCAGCGCAAGGGCAAAUGGGGAGGGUGCGUCUGGUACACGACCCCAAGAAGUGCCAGCUGCAGGAGGGACGCAGCAGCAGCCACACACGACUGGCGGUGCGGGCCCGGCCAAAGACCCAGCAGCCGCCCAACCGAGGGGGCCCGGAGAGGCACAGGCACCCCCAACUUCCGCGGGAGAUUCCGGCGCGUCCGCUGCCGCCCCGGCCGCCACCGCCGUGGAGGGAGCCACGACGACGACCACCACCCGCAGCCCGAGCGCCGGGAGCCACGCGAAAAGCAACGCGGACAGCACUGCCAACAUCGCCACUGCGUGGAUGCGUGCCCCACUGCUGCUGCUGCUACUCGCCUCUGCUGCUGGGUGUUUCUGA